UGCCUGGGAACGGGUGUUGAAUCACACAGCCCUGUGCUUAUGUGGUGUUUAAUAGCAUUUAACUCCUUCCUUUUUCACAGAUCUCACAGGCUUGACAGAAACCUUUAGUGUUUUUUUUCUGAUCGCAACAAUAUCAUAUAAUCAUUUAAAAAAUCCGAACAACCUAAACACGAAUAGACCGUGAGCACUGCCUUAUUCAGAGCAAAGCAGAGGGACGCCCGGCUGGCUGUCAGUGGAGCGGGUGCCUCUAGAUCUCGGGGUCGUCAAUUCAAACUCCACGUUGGGCGUAGAGCUUACUUACAAACAAAAUAAAACCAGAAAGCGGAGGGUAGGGAUGGAGUCAGGAUCCGGAGUGUCUGCUCCGUGCUUUGUUCAGCGGACGUGGUAGUAACAGCAACAAUACUGGAACAGCUGGCCGUGUGAGCAUAUGCGAGAGGCCCAGGCCACUGGAAGCGCGUGUCGUGUACUGUCUGGUUGUUCACUUGCUUUUAGUGUCACUCUGUGGUUGAAACAGACCCAGGGAGACCAGUGAACUUUCCCAGUGCCACACGGUCAUGGCUGUGGCCUUCGGGGACCCCGUUCUGUCUGCCGUCCCUGAGGUACCCUGAUCUUCCCUCCAGGCCACUUUGUCACAGCCGUCAGAAUGCCGCCACCAGAGAGGCAUCUGCAGAAUACUUGCCUUCUCUCCCCACCCCCAGGCCCCCUCCCACCUCGCUCGCACCUUGGCCUUUCUGUUACGUGUGUCUUGAUCUCGACCCCGAGAUCAAGAGUGAGAGCCGCCAUCUUGAUUUGGUGUGGGCCUUCAACGUAGCCUGGUCUCCAGCAGUUGCUCAGUCAGGAUCUGUCUCAGGGUUUGAGGUUGGGUGAUGCGUGACCUUUGCAGUCACUGGGGCCAGUGUCUGGGGCCCCGGUUCCGACUUGCUGGCGGGGACCCACCUGCUGCAGCUGGGCCGUCCAAGGCGACUUCCUCACUCUCGUGUGUGGUGCCUGGGCUCCCGUGGCCAGAAGGGCAGGGGGAACGGCCGGGCUGCCCUCCUCCAUGUGGCAGGCUGCCGUCUCCUCGCGGUGUGGUCAGGCCUCCCGUUGUCUGGCUUCCCCUGGAGGGGGCACUGCAAGAGUGGAAGCUGCCAGUGUCUGAAGGUCUGGGCCCGGAAAUGGGCACAGCGUCUCUCCGGCUCCCUUUGGUCGGUCACAGAACCUGCUCAAAGGGAGGGGACGUAGACCCCGCCUGUCAGUGGAAGCCGUGUCACAGUUUGUGGGCAUCUUUAGUCGUCCCCCAGCCCCAUGUGACUGUGCCCCUACCUGUCGGCCUGGCCUUUCUCUCCCCUCAACGGGCCAACCUUGUUUCUGCCCUGCCUUUGUGUCCGCAGCCCUGUCACCUGGAAGCGUCCUUUCCCCUGUCGUCAUAGCCUGGCUCAUUGGUUAAGCUUCAGCUCACGUGUCCCCUCUUCACAGAAGCCUAAGUGACCCCACCAUCUUCCUGUCACCGUGACCUACUGCUGUUUUGUUUCCUCACUGCUAGUCUGUCUCUGCCUCCCACACCGCAGGCCCACAGGGACAGGAACCUGUCUCUGUCCGUCCUUGUCUCCCACGCCUGGUCGGCUCAGCAUGUCGGUCAGCGUCCAUGAGACCCGAAAGUCGCGGAGCAGCACGGGGUCCAUGAACAUCACCCUCUUCCACAAAGCCUCCCACCCCGACUGCGUGCUGGCCCACCUCAACACCCUGCGCAAGCACUGCAUGUUCACGGACGUCACGCUGUGGGCAGGCGACCGUGCCUUCCCCUGCCACCGCGCCGUGCUGGCCGCCUCCAGCCGCUACUUCGAGGCCAUGUUCAGCCACGGCCUGCGGGAGAGCCGGGACGACACGGUCAACUUCCAGGACAACCUGCACCCCGAGGUGCUGGAGCUGCUGCUGGACUUCGCCUACUCGUCCCGCAUCGUCAUCAACGAGGAGAACGCCGAGUCUCUGCUGGAGGCCGGUGACAUGCUGCAGUUCCACGACGUGCGGGACGCCGCCGCCGAGUUCCUGGAGAAGAACCUCUUCCCCUCCAACUGCCUGGGCAUGAUGCUCCUGUCGGACGCUCACCAGUGCCGCCGGCUGUACGAGUUCUCGUGGCGCAUGUGCCUGGUGCACUUCGAGGCGGUGCGGCAGAGCGAGGACUUCAACAGCCUGUCCAAGGACACCCUGCUGGACCUCAUCUCCAGCGACGAGCUGGAGACGGAGGACGAGCGCGUGGUCUUCGAGGCCAUCCUGCAGUGGGUGAAGCACGACCUCGAGCGGCGGAAGGUGCACCUGCCCGAGCUGCUCCGCAGCGUGCGGCUGGCCCUGCUGCCGUCCGACUGCCUCAAGGAGGCCGUCUCCGGCGAGGCCCUCCUCAUGGCCGACGAGCGUACCAGGCUCAUCGUGGACGAGGCGCUCCGCUGCAAGACCAAGAUCCUGCAGAACGACGGGGUGGUCACCAGCCCUUGCGCCCGGCCGCGCAAGGCAGGCCACACGCUGCUGAUCCUGGGGGGCCAGACCUUCAUGUGCGACAAGAUCUACCAGGUGGACCACAAGGCCAAGGAGAUCAUCCCCAAGGCGGACCUGCCCAGCCCCCGCAAGGAGUUCAGCGCCUCAGCCAUCGGCUGCAAGGUCUACGUGACCGGGGGCCGGGGCUCCGAGAAUGGGGUCUCCAAGGACGUGUGGGUGUAUGACACCGUCCACGAGGAGUGGUCCAAGGCGGCGCCCAUGCUGAUCGCCCGCUUCGGCCACGGCUCUGCCGAGCUGGAGAACUGCCUCUACGUGGUCGGGGGACACACGUCCCUGGCAGGCGUCUUCCCGGCCUCCCCGUCUGUCUCCCUGAAGCAAGUGGAGAAGUACGACCCCGGGGCUAACAAGUGGACCAUGGUGGCCCCGUUGAGGGAUGGCGUCAGCAAUGCCGCGGUGGUGAGCGCCAAGCUGAAGCUGUUUGUUUUCGGGGGGACCAGCAUCCACCGAGACAUGGUGUCCAAAGUCCAGUGCUACGACCCCUCGGAGAACCGGUGGAGCAUCAAGGCCGAGUGCCCCCAGCCUUGGCGGUACACGGCGGCUGCCGUGCUGGGCAGCCAGAUCUUCAUCAUGGGCGGUGACACCGAGUUCACGGCCGCCUCCGCCUACCGCUUCGACUGUGAGACCAACCAGUGGACGCGGAUCGGAGACAUGACCGCCAAACGCAUGUCCUGCCACGCCCUGGCCUCGGGCAACAAGCUCUACGUUGUGGGGGGCUACUUCGGGACCCAGAGGUGUAAGACCCUGGACUGCUAUGACCCCACGUCGGACACGUGGAACUGCAUCACCACGGUGCCCUACUCGCUCAUCCCCACUGCCUUUGUCAGCACCUGGAAACACCUGCCUUCGUGAGGAGCGAUGCAGGACCCAGCCAGACUCCGUGUGUCUGUCCCCACCCCGCGGCCGCAGCCCUCACCGCCAGAGUGGCCCUGACCCUGUCUGCCACUGCAGGAAGCCCGGCCCGGCCCCACACCAGCACUUGAAGUGGCCGGAAGCUGGCCCCACCGGCUCUGGGAGCAGCAUUCUCGGGGCUGUUGUGAGCUUUAGACAAGGGAAGAGAAGCUGUCUCGAGAGCCCUGUGUGUCUGCCUGAGGCCUUGGCCUCUGUGAGGUGGUUUGCAGAGGAGAGGACCUUCCAGAGGGGCGUGGACCAACCUCAGGACUCCCUCGGCCUUGGGGCAGAGACACAUCCGCAGAGUCGUGUCCUGUUGCCGCAAACCCCGCUCGGGGGGCUGAGAGGAGCCCUGGGUGGGCUGGGGUGGGCGGCACCAGGCAGUCACACAGCACCGACCAAACAGCCUUUGCCUCGUCGCCCUGCUGUGACCGUAAUGUCACCCAGCACGGGGUGUGUCGGGCCUCAUGGAAGCUGGGUCCACCAGGACUGAGAGCAGAGCUACCUGGGAGAAAUGAAGACACACUGUGUAGGGGGCAGAAACCCAUAGGGUGACCUCAUGGCACCUGCAGGACUUCGUUAGCAAAUGGCCCCGAGACCCCCCCAGCGUUAAAGCAGAAACCCUUGUGCGCCCCUCCCCAGGGUGGGGCUGUGCUCUCUGUGACCUCCCCACCUUCCUCCCAGUCAGGGCAGCUGUGCCAGGUUCAGAGGGACACUCAUGCCCCAUCGCAGUGGGACUCUGGGCCCCCUGUCCUGUUAGACGAGGGUGCCCUCAGGGGCUUCCCCCCUCAGAGCCUCCCGGUCCCAAGAGGUGGCAAUGACCCCAUCAUCUCCCGACAUGACCAUGCGGGCCCUUAGACCAGGAGCAGGUGUGAGCUGGGGACCCCAGGGUCACCUUAGGGCACCCACUCUGGAGCCCACCAGCAUAGAGGACAGCAGCAAGGCCCGUGACCCUCAGCGUCCAGCUGGCCGGUUUGCUCCCUGAGCUGCAAAAGGCAAGUGUGGUCCCCGAGAGAACUGCCAGUCCUUCGCUCAUUUCUCCACCUCCCCAGCCACUGGGUCCCUCACCGGCACAUCCCCAGUAUCUGGGGUUCUGGAGGGGUCAGCUUGCACCUGGUGUUCGGGCUUCUGGCUCAUCCCUUGCCAGUCCCCGGGGCACCACCGGAGGGGGAAGGGGCCUGCACCAAACCUGUGGCUUCCCCGGCCGCCUGCCAGCUGCCUGCUGUUCACUCGGUGCUACUUGGCCGGUUCGGGACUGGGGCCCCGGAGCGGGCUGAACUGGUGGUGGGGCCACAUCACAAAGCACUUGCUGUGUGUGGUCUCGCCCUGCCCCCUCACAGGACCUCUGUGCUGCCGCUGGGCCUGUGGGCAUCUCUCGGGGAGGGACCUCGGGGGCUAGGUUGCCCCCCACCCCGGAGCACCGGGCACUGGGCAUCAUCGAUCGGCUGCCACCUGGGGAAAAGCUGGAAGCGGAGUGUGUUCCCAAGUCCCUUGGAGGCUGCAGGCCCUUCCACAGCAGAGGCCGGCCUCCUUUGCUCCGGGAGGCAGCUCCACCAGGGAGGCCGGGAAGGCGGGUGGCGGGGAAGCCGCCCGCCGGAGGCCCCGGGCUGCAGGACGGCCAAGGUGGAGUGACCACACUUCGCGCACAGCACAGCGGGCCUUGCAGUGGUGUGUCCCCCGAGUUGUGUUCCUUCUGUUUCUAACUUAAUAAAAGAGCUGAGAAAAAUCUUGAAACCUUGCUUCUUCCCCUGGGUGCUGGGACCAGUCUUCAGACCCAAGGCGCGGGCAGACUUGGAUUUUGCCCCACUAGCCGGGGCUCGAAGUUACCCCCCACUCACUGGCGUCUGCCCCUCUGGUGAGUUGGGGGGUGCGGAGACCCCCUCCCCAGGGACCCUCCGGCACCCAGAUGAGAGGUUCCUUU